CGCCGGCGUCACCCUCACACUCUCAGCGGUCAACGGCUCAGAGCGGCAAACUCAACCCUCGGCGCUCAACAGUUCAUCUCACCGACGUCCUAAUGCCCACCUCUUUUUCUUUCAUCUCACCAUGAGCACCGAACGAGCACCGCUCCUCGUACCCGGCCCCGCGCCAGCGUACGGGUCGCAGGCGAGCUCGCGCUCCGAGACGCCCUCGGGCCACCGCAAGGAGCGGCGGCACCACAAUCUCGCGGGACUUUCGGCGUGGCGGUUCCAUGCUGCGUGCGCGUCGGUGUGGAGUGCAACGUUCCUCUCGGCAUUCGACAGCACCGUAGUGGCCACGCUGCUCGGCGACAUCUCGAGCGCGUUCUCGGCGUUUCACCUCGCCUCGUGGCUGGGUACAGCGUACCUUCUCUCCCUCGCCUGUUUCACCCCGGUGUACGGGCGACUGGCGGACGCCUUGGGGCGGCGAGACGCGCAGCUUGUCGCCCUCAUCUUCUUCACCAUCGGAACGGCCGCGUGCGCCGCCGCACCCUCCAUGCUCACGCUGAUCCUCGCUCGCGUCGUGGCUGGAAUCGGCGGCGCCGGCCUGACCUCCGUUGGCUCCAUUUUGCUCUCCGACCUCGUCGACCUCCGCCACCGCGGGCUAUACCAGGGGCUGGCGAACAUGGUCUUCGCGCUCGGGGCCAGCCUCGGCGGUCCGGUUGGUGGCUGGGCGGCUGAUCAAUUUGGGUGGCGCCUUGCCUUUGGCGCUCAGGUCCCGCUUCUCUUCGGCUCCAUCCUCGCUGUCUGGUGGUUCGUGCCAUCUGACCUAGGUGGCCGCGUCCGUGACGCCGAUGACGAGCACCACAGCUUGACGUGGCAGCAGAAGCUCGCGCGCAUCGACUACGCCGGCUCGGCCGCCCUCGGCGUGGCGGUGACAGCGCUCCUACUCUCCAUGUCGUUGAAGACGUCCGGCUCGGGGGGAGUGGAGUACAACUGGUCAGAUCCCUUGAUCUGGGGCCUUCUCCUGGUCUUCGUGGCGUUCACAGGUGUCUUCCUUCUUAUCGAGGCGAAGUGGGCGACGGAACCUGUCCUUCCGCUCUCCAUGUUCCGGCGCGCCACCCCGGCCGCUAUCGCCGUCGGCAACCUCGUCAUGGCCAUGUGCAUCUUCUCGCUCCUAUACAACGCGCCACUCUACUUCGUGGCAGUCAAGCUGCGCUCAGCGACGGUCGCCGGUGCCCACCUCCUGCCCUAUUCGGCAUUCAUCGGCGCGGGUUCGCUCACCGUUGGCCUUGUCAUGCGCGUGACAGGGAGGUACUACCCAGCCAUGGUGGUCUCGGGCCUGAUUGUGCUCUUCUCGUGCGGGAUGAUGCUCUCCUGGGGCGAAGGGACACCCGAGUGGCUCACAUGGGUCGCACAGUUGCCCGCCGGGUUUGGGUACGCGGGCGUGCUCACGACAACGCUCGUGGCGCUCAUGGCGGACAUUGCGAAGGAGGGGACGGGCGAGAUUGCCGUCGGUACCGCCAUGACCUACAUGGCGCGCACUAUAGGACAGGUUCUCGGCGUGAGCUUCAGCUCGGCGAUCCUGCAGUCUACGCUCGAAGAUGACCUGAGCGCACAUAUCAGCGACCCGGAUCUCGUCCGUCUCAUCAGGCGGAGCACGGACGCUGUGCGGACCCUGCCGCCCACGCUCCGCGAUAUUGCUGUGUCAGCGUACGCGCACGGACUUAAGCGAAUCUGGGUAUUUAAUCUCGCGCUCGCAGUCAUAACCGUUAUCGCGCUCUGUUGUGCAACGAACGAGGUCAUGCCUGAGAGCAGGCCUCAUGACGACGAAGAAGCGUAGAGGUGAUCUAAUUAUCAAGGGUCUUACUUCAUAUUCUUGUUUGCAUGCAUCAUUAUUUCUGCA